AUGAACGGUUCACCCUCCUCAGAUCCACUAGACGGUACCGUCGUCGACCUCUUCGACCAAUGGGCCGAGAAAUCCCCGGAGCGGGUCGCAGCGGAGUGGCAAGGCGAAUCUCUCACCUACGGGGCUCUUCGCGAUGCCUCUCUCCAUGUUAGUUGCGCCCUCAUAUUGGCUGGGAUACUGCCACGCGCCCGAGUGCCGCUAUUGACCCAAAUGUCGUUGGAAAUGCUUCCGGCAGUGAUUGGGAUUUUGAGGGUAGGGGCCUGCUAUGUACCGAUGGAUGUGGCCGCCUGGAGCCGUACUCGUAUCGAGGCCGCACUCUCCGAGCUGGAUUCCCCGGUAGCGAUCAUAACAAGUUCCUGUCCCGACCUCCGACUACCUGUCAUCACUGUCAACUUUCAGAGAGAAUGGCUCGUCUCGUCACCACCAGACAAGGGUGGCCUACGACUGGAGUUGGAGGCACGCCGACGGGGAAUACAGGCCGAUGACCUUGCGUGGAUUAUUUUCACCUCGGGCACGACGGGCAAGCCCAAAGGAGUGAUGGUGUAUUACAGGAGUAUAUAUGCAGUCUGUACCGUGCAGCACGGCCAGGAGCUAGAAGAGGCCGCGCAACAAGGCGGUCGCUGCCUUCUUGCGUUCUCCAUUGCUUUCGAUGGCUGUGCUGCAGUAGUCUGGACGACUUUGGCCAAGGGUGCCACGCUAGUGAUGGCCUCGCCAUCAGACUUCCCACAGGUUGCGACAACCUGCCAAUCCUUAAACCUCACACCUUCUAUGCUGGCCGCGUUGGAUCCGUUGGGCUCUUACAACCGAGUGCGCUAUAUAUUCCUGGGGCUGAAGCGCCAAAGCUGGAGGUUCUUUGGGGAGCUGCAUCCGGACCGCGAGGUGCCUUUUGGUGAACUUAUCCCCGGGGUGAGGGUUGUCUUGGUCGAUAAGGAGAUGAAGGAGUCCAACUAUGGCGAGGUCCUGAUAUCCGGGCCUGGUCUAGCUGCUGGAUAUCUCAACAAUCCUACACUCACAGCGAAAAAGUUCAUCGACUGGGAAGGCAGUCGCUUCUAUAGGACUGGGGAUCUCGCACGCAGGUCCGAAGAUGGACAGCUAUUAUGGGCAGGCCGCGCGGAUUCACUCAUCAAGAAUCGCGGCUUCUUGAUUAAUCUGGAGACUGAAGUUGAACCGGCGAUGCAGGCUUAUCCUCAAGUCAACUUAGCCGUGGCUUUCCAGUGGCGUGAUAGGCUUGUGGGCUGUGUACAGCCGUCCACCGUCGACGUGGAAGAACUACGCAAAUUCCUGCAGAAUCGUGAGGAUCCCUUUGUCAUCCCCGAUAUGAUCUUCGCCAUGGACAAUUUCCCACUCAAUGUCAAUAGUAAAACGGAUCGCUUGGCACUCAAGGCCCAAUUGGAUGAGAAGCUGGGCCAAGAUGAUGCUGCUGACGGAAUCGUUUCUGUUCUCGAGACAGACAGACUCACGGCUUACGACGCGUUACGUUUGGCCUUUUCCCGAUGUCUGCAGAACAGAUUCAAGACUAUGGACCGGGGCUCGUCUUUCACGCGACUGGGAGGAAAUUCGUUGACAGCCAUUCAAGUUUCAAACUUUCUGAAGCAGCGGGGAUACAUGAUUCCGGCCGCGCAAAUCCUCAAACUAGACACGAUCGAACGGCUGGAGGGCCGCCUGAGAAGACACUCUGACGUCGAUGUCACGGAAAGAGAGAUCACGAGCUUGCGAGCUACGGCGACACCUGUGCAGCAGCUCUUCCUCAACCGGUCUUUGGAGACACCACAUACCUUUGCUAUCAUUGGCCUGACCAAGUAUAUCGGCGACCCCUGCCGAACUCCUACCUCCAGUGACCUGCGUGGUGCCCUGGAAAAGACGCUCUCAGCGCACAGCAUCUUCCGCACGAGAUUUGAUCUAACGGACUUCACACUCUCCGAUCUAGGCCGACUCAAUCUCACCUGGACCGAGAUCAGUGUGCCUGAGAACGAGUUCGAGCAGGCCUGUGAGGCAGCUGAAGAAGAAUCAUGGCAAGCCGUGAGCAGGACCACGCGCUCCGACAACGAAGUCCCGUACUGUGCUGUGAUCUGCAUCUCUGUUCCCGGCCGCAGAGCACUGGCCUUUGUGACGCGGAUUCAUCAUGUCCUCACCGAUGUGUUCUCCUCUGCCAUCUUGUCGCAGGACCUGGAAACCGCCCUCGCGGGUGGCGAACUAGCACCUGGCCCCCAAUUUGAGGACUUCGCGCGCUUCAUGCAAUAUUACACACAAGCCAACAUCAAGCGCGCGACGCAAUGUUUCACAAAGAUGCUCGAGCCCCUACCAGCCUCAUGUGUCCUGCAACCCCCGGUUCCAAAGGUACCUCCCCCACCGGACGCCUUCAACCUCAUUCGUUUCCAGUCGUCCCCGUCCACCAUCACCCGGGCUGCUCUUGACGCCGCAUCUCGCCGUCUCUCCGUGACCCCUAGCACAUUGAUCUACGCUGCAUGGGCGCUCUUCCUCCAUAAAAUUACCCUGUGGCCCCGCGUCGGCUUCUCCGUCAGUCUUUCAGGCCGCACAGCUCCAUGGCCAUUGGCCCCCGCCGUUGUCGGACCCCUUCUCUGUCGCUCUUUGUUCAGCACCAGCAUUGACAGAGACGCAACAGUCCAUGGCUGGCUCGCGACCGUGCACAAAAUAACUCUCGAUAUUAUCGAGUUCGAUGGGCUCACGCAUUCCCUGCCUGCAUCUCUGAUGGCCGACCCCCGCACGAACACAUCCAACGUGCUCUGCUUCCUGGAUGUCCCGGCGCCGUCGCAGAAUUGGAGUCACAAGGAUCGCCAGAAGCAUUACUAUACCCUUUCGUGGUACAUCACCCAGCGGGGUGAAUAUGUGGCAACGGAGUUGGAGGUUCAGUUGGAGAAGGUGGAUCUAGACUGGGCAAAGGCCGUGGCUGGUCUGCCUGAGGAGAUCUUGUCGGGACUUAUCACCGCGACGGAGUCUACUCGUGUCGCGGAGUUAAUUACCACUAAUACCAGCGAUCUCGGCGUAAAGAAGAGCCAGAUCGCGCAGGGGCUCGGCCCGCAGCGCUCUUUGAUCGCGACUAUUGCCUCUUCAAGGAAGGGCACACAAGGACAGAGGGUCAAAGAGGGUACCCAGACUGCGGAGGCAACAGGUGGAAGCCAGACCGACAGUGAUACGCAGGACUUGCAGAGGAGCAACGACCCACUUGAGGCGAUUGAGAACUACUCACGGCCCGUACCAGCUGUUUCUAGAAGUAGGAUGCAGCGUCCACCGAGUGAGAAUGAUCAUGACCCGUUCUGGCUGUCCGUGGACCCAACAAUGAUGCUACCGACAGUGGGGAACGAGAGCAGAGGGUCACAGCCGGCCUCGAUCUCUUCAAUCUGUGCCUGUGGCAGCGGCGUCAUUACGCCCGGUAGCCAUGCGGCCUCCCACCAUGACUACUUUUCAACAGACAGUGCUCCACAGAGGCGACAAAGUCACUACACACUCUCUGACCCAAGCUCGUCGUCCUGUCCCUCCUCCGUUGCCGGGUCCCGCGCCAAUUGCAAUGUCUCCCAUCGAACGACCUGCGCAAAGAAUUCAUCUGCGUCUACAUUCACCAUGGACGCGACCUUACGCAAACUUUUUGAUCAGUCGCAGUCGCAGAUGCGCCCUACCCCUCUUCUGUCGCCGACCAGCGAACUCCACUCAAUCCCUUGCGCAUCAGGGCAACCAGAUCCGCUGGGGGGCGCCCAAGAGCUCGCAGCCGCCGCAGAGCUCGGCGCCGCUGAAGCGACGGACAUCACGCGUCGGCUGGCGAUCGUGCUCGAAGCAAUACGGACCGCCGGAUUCCAAGGCUUCGAUGAAACGGCGGCAGCGUACUACACCGCGCAUUUGGACAAAGGGAGCUUCCCGGCCAUGGUACAAUGCGCCAGUCGUGGCCGUCGGUUGAAGACGAUGCUACAGGCCCUGCAGCAAAGUAGCCAGCAGUGGCGGCGGUGGGAGUCGAGAGGGCUCCAGGAGAGUAUUUGCGAAGGUUCAGGCUAUUCGCCGCGUCGAACUACAGCAUCCCUCUGCGUGGCGGAGAUGGACCCUUUUAGCGGUCGCAGCGUACAGGUCCGCGACGAGAACGAGCCGGCCUCCCUAAUUGCAGCGCUGGAGUCGCUACUGUCUAUCCACAAGGCGGGCACACUUGGGGAGACGAGAGUCUCAAGCCCGACACCUCUAGAGGAAUCGGGGCUCAUGGAGCAGAUGGAUAACGCACCGGAUUUGAUGCCGUUGCUCUGGUCGCUGCUGACGGAGCUCGCCGGCACGAGGAGCGUGUAUUGCGACAGAGUCGCACGCCUUAUUCUUACGAUCUUGCUCUAUACUAGGAGUCCCCAAUAG